CCCAAUGUUCCUAAUAGAUAAGGAUUAUCGGACUUGUAAUUUAGGGAAUUCAGUUAGCUCGUACUGUUUUUAUGUCAAGUUGAAAUUUAUCUCAAUACGAACUUAAAUAUAGGAUUACAUUUUUGAGUAUAAUACACAAAAGAAUAUACUAGUUCAAGACACCUAUUAUAUAUUUGUUGGGUGAGACCUGUUCAAAACGAGUUCGGGUCACUCAACCUCAAAACUGUAUUAACGAAAAUAUAUGAAAUUUGUUACAUAUAAUAACAUAGGAAAAAUGUAAUAAAUCAUCCUUUUUCUAUGAUCUUUAACAAGUUAUUGUUUAAUUUGGAAAGGCUUUAGAAUUUUAGCAAAUCGAUAGAUAAUUUUCUCUAAAUACUAUAGAGAAGAUACUUUUGAUGCUUUUUAAUAGAAAACUUAAUAUAACGCCAUUGUAAUGCUCAUUGUUAGUAGAUAGUACAAGUUUUCAAAAAGUUGUAUAGAAACUGAGAAGUUGAAUUGUGCUAGAAUGGAAGAGAACAAGAAAGAAACUAUUAAAGAUAGAAUAAACUGUUGUAGGAAUGGACCGAAAGUUUGGUGUAUUAAAUACUUUUUUGAAGGACAAAUGAAAAGAGAUGAUGAAGAUAAUGAGGAAUUUAUUAGAGGUGAACAUUUCGGAGGACGAAGUAAAUUUUUGAAGAAAUAUAGAAGAAUUAUAGCAGUUUUAAUACCAUUUUUAAUUGUUGAAUUUUUGUGGUUUUCCUACGCUAUCCAGCAUUCGAUUUGGGAAAAAUUUACGACUGGAUAUACUAUGACUCUAACUAUGAUUUUUGGUUCGAUUAUUGCUGGAAUGACAUCCGAGGGAGGAGGAGCAGUUGCAUUUCCAGUGAUGACUCUUCUUUUAAAAAUAGAUCCUGUAAAGGCCAAGGAUUUUUCAUUAUUAAUUCAAUCAUGCGGAAUGUCUUGCGCCUCUUUCAGCAUUUUUUUCAUGAAAGUUCAAGUCGAGUACAAUUCUAUAAUAUUCUGUUCCAUAGGAGCAAUAGGUGGUGGUAUUUUUGGCUAUGAAUUCGUUGAUAAAAAACUAACAGCAGCGCAGAAAAAGAUGUUGUUUGUCUGCAUUUGGUUUACAUUUGCUUUUUCCCUCUUCUUAUUAAAUUUUAGAAAAAAAAGGAAAACUUUUAGGCAAAUAGUAAAUCUGCAAUGGUGGACCUAUCCUAUACUAUUGUUAACUGGUUUUGUCGGUGGGAUAUUUACAUCAUUUACAGGCAGUGGUGUAGAUAUAUGCUCUUUUAGCAUACUAACACUACUCUUUAGAGUUUCUGAGAAAGUUGCUACACCAACAUCUGUAGUUCUUAUGGCAUUUAAUUCAUUUUUUGGAGUUUUUUGGAGAAAUUUUAUACACGAGGGAAUUUCAACAGUUACUUGGGAUUAUUUUUUGGUUUGCGCACCAAUUGUAGUCGUAGGAGCUCCAAUAGGUUCACUCUUUGGUACCCAUUUUCACAGAUUAGUUUUAGCCGCUCUUGUUUACAUAGUAGAUGUAGCAUCAAUAGUUACAGCAUUCAUAAUUAUUAAACCAACGGGUUCACUGUUAGGAUUAUCUCUGGGAGCUAUAGGAGCUGGUUUUAUAUUCUUUCUAGCAAUAACAAAAAUAGGAGAUAAACUUUUAAAGAGUUUAGAAAGUAAUUUCAUUAAUGUCGAAAAGAAUACAACAGAAUUAAAUAACGUUGAAAAUUCAAACCAGCUCCAGGUUGUUACUAAUUCAGAUAUUUGAAUAAAGGAAAACAUUGAAAAUAUUCAUGUAUUUUAAAUAUAUUAAUAUAUA